AUGGCGGCGGCGGCGGCGACGGCGACGCGGGGCUGGCGGUGGCUGCUGAGUUCUUCUCUGCCAGCUGGCGUCCCCAAGCUGAGCUAUCGCUUUGCAUCAUCUCACAAGUACAUUCCCAGGAGAGCUGUGCUGUAUGUACCUGCGGAUGAUGAAAAGAAGAUACAAAAAAUCCCAUCACUAAAUGUCGAUUGUGCGGUGUUGGACUGUGAAGAUGGCGUGGCUCUGAACAGAAAGAGAGAAGCAAGGCUGACAGUUGUGAAAACGCUUGAAGAGUUUGACAUUGGCCGUGCUGAGAAGUGUGUGAGGAUAAACUCCGUGUCCAGUGGCCUUGCGGAGGAAGAUCUAGAGGUGCUUUUGCAGUCCAAGACUCUUCCUUCAAGUCUGAUGCUGCCAAAGGUUGAAAGUGUGGAAGAAGUUAAAUGGUUUGCAGACAAAUUCGCACAUCACUCGAAAGGCCGAACACUUGCAGAACCAAUGCAUUUUAUCCCAUUUGUGGAAACCGCGGUGGGGUUGCUCAAUUUUAAGGCUGUCUGUGAAGAAGCAUUGAGAACAGGAUCCCGGGUUGGCUUUCAUUUGGAUGCAGUCGUCUUUGGAGGAGAGGAUUUCCGUGCCAGCAUAGGUGCAACAAGCAAUAAGGAAACUCACGAUAUUUUGUAUGCCAGGCAGAAAAUAAUAGUCACAGCAAAGGCAUUUGGCCUCCAAGCAAUAGACCUGGUUUACAUUGAUUUCCGAGAUGAAGAUGGGCUCCGUAGGCAAUCAAAGGAAGGUGCCUCAAUGGGCUUCACUGGUAAGCAGGUGAUUCACCCUAACCAAAUUGCUGUUGUCCAGGAACAGUUCUCUCCCAGCCCUGAAAAAAUAAAGUGGGCGCAAGAACUGAUUUCUGCUUUUGAAGAACAUCAGCGUUUAGGAAAGGGCGCAUUCACGUUCCGCGGGAGCAUGAUAGACAUGCCGCUGCUGAAGCAGGCACGGAACAUUGUUACGCUUGCCACAGCCAUCAAGAAAAAAUGAUCUGGUAAAUGGAGCGCUCACCAUGGGGCCACGGAAGCUUGUUUUAAAAGAUGACUAUAAGACUUCAGGGGAAAAAAAAAAAAUCAAAUGCAUCACGCUUAAGAAGAAAUUCAUUGACGUUUUGCAGAUCUGCCGUAAUUUCCUUGCCAGAAUUGCUCGUCGUUAACAGUGCUCGCAACCCAAAGUGCCGCUCGCUCUCAGUGCCUGCCACGGUGCCAUGUCAUGCGUGAUAUCAUGGCUAUGGGAUCGUGGCUUCACAAGAGGACAACAGCAGGAUAUGAGCAGUGAGCUCCCCUCAAAUAACCUGUGGACACCGGUCAGCCUUCAGUCUCCAUUCCCAUGACAAAGUCCAUGUGAAAGUCAAAGCUCUGGGUAAUCACACAUCAGCUGAAAUAAAUGUGAUGAAACUCA